CAGUCAAAACGUGGCGAUAUUUGCAAGUGAGCAAAACAAGUGAGAGAGAGCAAAGGUUUGGUUCUUUAUCGGGAGCAAAGAGAGAGGAUGAGUGUAGUGGUAACAAUAACAUCAACCAUCAAUUCCUCGCCGGUUCCGUCAUGGGUGAACAACAACGGAGACAAUUCUCCCUCCCUGAGGGAGACCUCGGCCUCUUUCUCAAGGAGGAGCUCGAAAAUAUCUCUGCUGAGGAAGAAGAAGAAGGUGUGCUGCGGCGCGAAGAGCACAGAUGAUGAUUACCACGCGACCAUCAAAUCACUCAAUUCUCGAGGCCGCUUUCCCAGAAAAUCCCUUGGGCAGCAUUACAUGCUGAAUUCGGACAUCAACGAUCAGUUAGCGGCAGCUGCUAAAGUGAAAGAAGGAGACUUUGUGUUAGAGAUUGGUCCUGGGACAGGCUCUUUGACCAAUGUUCUUCUCAACCUAGGUGCUUCUGUUCUUGCCAUCGACAAGGAUCCUCAUAUGGUGGAUUUGGUGAGAGAAAGAUUCGCAGGUUCCGACAAGUUCAAGGUUUUGCAUGAGGAUUUUGUCAAGUCUCACAUCCGUUCUCACAUGCUCUCCUUUUUAGAGACUAGAAACUUAUCUCAUCCUGAUUUUGCUCUUGCAAAGGUUGUGUCCAACUUACCUUUUAACAUAAGUACUGAUGUUGUCAAGCUUCUUCUUCCUAUGGGUGACAUCUUCUCUCACGUUGUUCUCUUACUCCAGGAUGAGGCAGCUUUGCGAUUGGUUGAGCCAGCUUUGCGAACAUCUGAAUACCGACCCAUCAACAUUUUGGUCUACUUCUAUUCUGAACCGGAAUACAAUUUCAGAGUUCCUAGGGAGAACUUCUUCCCUCAGCCCAAGGUUGAUGCAGCUGUUGUAACAUUCAAACUAAAGCAUCCGAGGGACUAUCCCGAUGUCUCGUCCACCAAAAGUUUCUUCUCUUUGGUGAAUUCUGCAUUCAAUGGGAAGAGAAAAAUGUUAAGAAAGUCACUCCAGCACCUAUCGUCAUCUCCGGAGAUCGAGAAAGCUCUUGGAGUAGCAGGUCUUCCAGUCACCUCGAGGCCAGAAGAGCUUACGUUGGGUGACUUUGUCAAGUUGCAUAAUGUAAUAGGCAGAGAAUAGAAGGUGGUCCAUACGUAUUGAAGUUUUCGGGGAAGCCAGCAAAGAAGAAAGCAGCAUGAGGAGGAGGCUACUGAGAUGCAGAUGAAUAUUAUGACCAUUGUCGAUAUGAGCAGGAAGUAAGUAGAACGCAGAUCAAACCAAUCAUAUUCUGGUGUAAGUCUCUCUGUGUGGUGUAAAAGUUGUAGUAUCACAAAAUGAUAAGUGUCUUUACAAUGACAAAAGCUUUAAGUAACUUUUAUAAAGCUUAUAAAGAUCA